GAGUGAUAUCUUGUUCGAAAUAAACACGUGUAGUUCUUUUUGAUAAUUCUUUCGAAAUAUUUCGCUAUUUUAUUAAUUAACUUCAUGAAUUUUAAAGCUCAUCAAAUGAGACAUUGUACGUAUCAUGUCCAGUAAUUUUUCCUGAACUCUACGGUCAUAACUUUCUCAUCUAUUCGAACCAAUUCAAACCGAAAUACGAGAUGAUUUUUGGAGUUGUAGACGGCCAAUUCGACGAUGCCGACGAAGAUGUCGUUCCAAAAAAGUUACCUGUGAAAACAGUAAAAUCGUAUGCCAACUGUGUUGGAAACAAUAUCGUGAAUCAGAUCAACUUCGAACCAAAAACCGUACCUUUAAAUAGCAAUGAAAUCAACGUUACCAGUACGGAUAACGGUGUCGAAAACCACGAAGAGUACGACGACGAAGACGAAUAUUAUUACGACGAAGACGAAAGUGAUUACGACGACGAUGACGAUUUUAUUAUUGCUCACAAUAACAAGGCCAAUUACCAAAUACAUAAAGUCAACUCUAAACACGCAACUACGAAUAAUCAAUCGGAAAGUAAUAAGUUGACCAAUUAUCAACCUGCUGAAAAGGUACUAAAACGAUUCACUCAUAAAAUCAACGUUGAAAAAUACGAAGGUCCGAAAUUACCCGUAAACGUAGCCAAUCAUUUGAUCGAAUCGAACCGUCGUUUCGAAGCAGACAGAUAUCGUAGGAAAGAUAAACAAGACAGAGCAACCGUAGAACAAGUAAUGGAUCCUAGAACUCGUGUCAUUAUAUUCAAAAUGUUAAAUCGUGGACUAAUAUCCGAAGUGAACGGUUGUAUUUCUACGGGCAAAGAGGCCAAUGUGUAUCAUGCGACGGCCGGUCAUUUUUACGAGAAUUGCAAAGAUAUCGCCAUUAAAGUUUAUAAAACUUCCAUUUUAAUAUUCAAAGAUCGAGAUAGAUACGUGACUGGUGAAUUUAGAUUUCGUCAUGGCUACUGUCGUCAUAAUCCACGCAAAAUGGUACGUCUUUGGGCGGAAAAGGAGUUGAGAAAUUUAUCUCGUAUGCAUGCUGCCGGAUUACCUGUACCUGAACCUAAAGUUCUCAAGAGUCACGUUUUACUGAUGGAUUUUAUCGGAGAAGAUGGAUGGCCUGCUCCUAAGCUUAAAGAUGCUGAGAUCACGGAUACUGAAGCUUGCCAAUUAUACAGAGACUGCGCAGUUAUCAUGUGGAAAAUGUAUAAUCUAUGUAAAUUGGUGCACGCAGAUUUGAGUGAAUUUAAUAUUUUAUACCAUAAAAAAACUGUUUACAUCAUCGACGUAUCUCAAUCAGUGGAACACGAGCAUCCCCACGCUUUAGAAUUUUUACGAAAAGAUUGCACCAACAUCACAGAUUUCUUCUCGAAGAAAGGAGUAGCUACCAUGUCAGUGAAAGAGCUGUUUGAUUUCAUCACCGAUGCUUGUAUUAACGAGUCCAAUAUGGAAGAAUACCUGGACAGGAUUUCUGAAAAAAUGCUCAACACCGAACCACUUUCAGCUGAGCAACAAAUAGAAGAGGAAGUUUUCAAAAAAGCCUAUAUUCCUAAAACCCUGACCGAGGUUGUUGAUUUCGAAAGAGAUAUUAAUUUAGUCAAGUCUGGCAACACCGAUAAUUUGAUCUAUCAAAAAAUCGUCGGAUUAAAAGAAGAUUUAUCAGGACCUCUGAAUAUACCUACGUUAUUGAACAAUCAGUCUGACGAAUCCAGUGACUCUAGUUCCGAUGAUGAAUCAGAUUCGAAGGAAAACGAACCAGAAGGCAGUAAAUUUAUAAAUUCAUCUCGGCCUAAAAACGAAACCGCAGAAGAAAAAAAACUACGAAAAAAAGAGUCAAAAGACCAAAAAGCUGAAAAACGAAAAACCAAGAUCAAGAAACACGUUAAAAAACGCAAAGAAAAAAUGCAAAAAACUAAUUCUAAGAAAUAAUAUGUUUUUAAAACGUAUCCUGUAUUUUUAGUAGAUAUUUUUACAUUGUUGACUCGUCGUUAGUCGUAUGCGAAAUAUACGUCGUGAAAUUCAA